GCAGCCUCUCCAGACUCUCCUCCCAUCGUGGGCGCUUUCCUCUAUUGGCUGCCUCCUUUCCACGCUGACAUCCAAAUCAUAUAAACCUGGGGGCCUCACACCUUCACCGGGGUCAAAUUUCUUGGGCAAAUCAGAGCUUCCUCUUCGGGAAACAAUCGCAAGACAGAAACACAAGCGGAGCCCAGCGCAUCGUCGACAUUAGUUCUCUGGAAUUAUAAACUUUUUGCGGCCUUUCGCCUCGGCUGAAGUCGCUUUCAGAAUGACAAGGCUGAAGAAGUCGUUGGCUGCAUUUGGUUUGACUCGUUAAUGAAUUCAAGGGAAUACAUAUUUAAGUCUUGAAUGAGUCCUGUUGGCUGUAGAUCCCCGAGCAGAGACCGUUUUGGGGCAGCAGCAGAGAGACACCGAGGGCGACGGCCAGCACGGCAACCUCCAUACUUGCUAUCCCGCUCAACAUGAACCUCAUCGGUGGCUACCAGCAUCACCACCACCUGAUGCACGAGCCCUUCCCGUUCGUCCAGCGGUGUCAUCAGGAUGCGCCCUAUUUCCAGAGCUGGGUGGUGAACCACGGCGAGGUGCCACCGGACUUCCAGAUCCAGGCGCCCUACCCCGCCGCGGAGCUCGGAGUUCCCGGAGCCACGCACGACGCCCGGCUGGAGGGGCUCCAGGCGGGAAUGGGGAAGAGGAGAGCGUCGGGGCCGAAGAAGGAGCGCCGGAGGACGGAGAGCAUCAACACAGCUUUCGCCGAGCUGAGGGAGUGUAUCCCCAACGUCCCGGCGGACACAAAACUGUCUAAAAUUAAAACUUUACGCCUGGCGACCAGUUACAUCGCUUACCUGAUGGACGUCCUGGCCAAAGACUCCGGGGAGACGGAGGGCUUUAAGGCCGAAAUUAAGAAAUUUGAAAACCGGGAUCUGAAAAGAAAACGGGAUCUGACCGACGGCCUGCAGGACUCUUUAGGAGCGGAGAAGAAGGUGAAGGGCCGGACCGGGUGGCCGCAGCAGGUCUGGGCUCUGGAGCUCAACCAGUGACCCUCCCUCCCCAUCAGCCAAACCUCUUCAGAGACUCUGGACUCAAAUCUCAUUAAAGAAAAUAAGUUAAAUAAAUCACUGACUGUACCCGAACAAUCGCUGCGCACGCGCAGUGAUGCGCAAAACGAGAGAAAGGACAACAUGUAAACACGUUGCAUGGCGGAGGAAAACACGUUUUUGUUGCGGUUUCCUCCUGGUUUUCAGCUCGACACACAAAAUCAGACUGUAGGAGUUUGAUAUUUGUCCUAUUUCUGCUUUUAGGUGUCGCCACCCUCCGGUACUGUAGACCAGAUGUUGCCACGGUGUCAAAAACAACUGUCUCCCCGAA